AAUCAACACUAGUUGAUAAACUAGAGAAAAACAUAGAUAGAGAGAGAAAGACAUCAUUAAUGGAAGGAAAGAGUUUCAUCAGUUUCAUAGUCCUCAUCAUAGGAUUCAUCGCCCUCUUCACUCUAACUUUCCUUAAUUUCCCCGAAACCCCAUCAUCAAACAAAGAAAACCUCCUCAAUUGCAAUACCCAUUCCCCAUGGUGCAGAUUCCACCCUAAAAAACCCGACCCACUUCAAAACCCGCCGGAAUCCACUCCCCGCCGCCACACCACCGACGUCCCCCACCACCCUCUAGAUCCCCUCACCAUCAAUGAACUCAACAAAGUCAAAUCCCUACUCUCCACUAACCCUAUCUUCAAAACGGCAUCGUUUCACUCCAUCGUCCUCGAAGAACCACCGAAAUCAACCGUCCUCAGGUGGAAAAAACCUGACCCACUCCCCCAACGACAAGCCUCCGUCGUGGCACGUGUCUCCGGCGACACGCACGUGAUACUAAUCGAUCUUGAUAAGGCAGAGAUUAUCAGUGACAAUCCGGGUCCAAUUUCGGGUUACCCGAUGAUGACAAUGGAAGACAUGACUUCAGCUACAUGGGCACCGUUUUCGGAUGCAAACUUCAACCGUACGAUUAUAGCUCGAGGAGUCGAUCUAAUGGAUCUUACAUGUUUACCCAUUUCAACCGGGUGGUUCGGGAAAACAGAGGAGAACCGGAGAUUGAUUAAGGUACAAUGUUACUCUAUUAAAGACACUGCAAAUUUCUACAUGAGACCUAUCGAAGGGUUAACUGUUCUUCUCGACAUGGAUACAAAGGAAGUAAUCGAGAUUUCGGAGAAAGGGAAGAACAUUCCAAUACCCAAUUCAGAUAAUACAGAGUAUCGUUAUUCAAUUCUCAAAAGUAACCAAAAAUUGAACUUAAUCAACCCGAUAUCCAUCGAACAACCGAAAGGUCCUAGCUUUACUAUUGAAGAUAAUCAUUUAGUCAAAUGGGCUAACUGGGAAUUUCACUUAAAAGCCGACCCGAGAGCUGCGGUUAUAAUCUCUCAGGCUAAAGUUCGUGACCCGGAAACAGGGGUGCUAAGGGAUGUUAUGUAUAAAGGGUUCACGUCGGAGCUAUUUGUUCCUUAUAUGGACCCUACAGAUGCAUGGUAUUUCAAGACUUAUAUGGAUGCUGGUGAAUACGGGUUCGGACUUCAAGCAAUGCCUCUUGACCCGCUUAAUGAUUGCCCGAGAAAUGCUUAUUAUAUGGAUGGUGUUUUCGCAGCCGGCGAUGGGAUGCCGUAUGUCCGAUCUAAUAUGAUUUGUGUUUUCGAAAGUUACGCGGGCGAUAUUGGUUGGCGUCACUCGGAGAGUCCAAUCACGGGCUUGGAGAUAAAGGAGGUGAGGCCUAAGGUGACUCUUGUGGUUAGAAUGGCAGCCUCGGUAGCCAAUUACGAUUACAUUGUAGAUUGGGAAUUCCAAACCGACGGACUCAUUCGAAUCAAGGUUGGUUUGAGUGGUAUUCUAAUGGUUAAAGGCACAUCAUACAUUAACAUGAACCAAAUAAACAACCAAGAAAAUCUCUAUGGCACACUCUUAUCCGAAAAUGUAAUUGGCGUAAUCCACGAUCAUUAUGUCACAUUCCAUCUCGACAUGGACAUUGAUGGCUCGGAUAACUCGUUUGUGAAAAUCCACCUUAAGAGAGAAAAACCUUCCCCGUCGGAUCAAUCCCCUCGUCGUAGUUACCUUAAAGCGAUAAGGGAAGUAGCCAAAACCGAGAAAGAUGCUCAAGUGAAGCUCAAACUCUACGAUCCUUCCGAAUUCCAUGUCAUUAACCCUUCGAAGAAGACCCGAGUGGGGAAUCCAGUCGGGUACAAGGUGGUGGCAGCGGGGACUGCCGCCAAUUUACUUGACCUCGACGAUCCUCCCCAGAAACGGGGCGCGUUUACGAAUAAUCAAAUAUGGGUUACUCCGUAUAACCGGAGCGAGCAAUGGGCGGGGGGGUUGUUUGCUUAUCAGAGUCAAGGGGAAGACACUCUCGCGGUUUGGGCAGAAAGGGAUAGGGAAAUUGAGGACAAAGACAUAGUGGUGUGGUACACAUUGGGAUUCCAUCAUAUACCAUGCCAAGAGGAUUUUCCAAUCAUGCCAACUGUUUCGUCGAGUUUUGAGUUGAAACCGGUUAACUUUUUCGAGAGGAAUCCUAUAUUAAGGAUUCCUCCGAACGCGAAAGAAGAUCUUCCAACAUGUAAGGCGGCGGCUAAAGCGACGAACUAAUGACGCCUUCUUUAAUCAUAUGUUUUAUGUUAUGUUUAUGGGUUAUGGAUGAUGUAAAUAUUUUCAAAUAAUUUCAUGCAUCAAUUUCACCAUAUAUCUAUGUUUAAUUAUAUAAGGGAUUAUCCAAAUUCAUGCAUGAUUGUUAGGUUUCAGUUUGUUAGGCU